CCUAUUCUGUAUUAAAGCGAUCGAGUGACGCGCCUACGAAACACGAAACUUUGAUUUCCAGCUCACCAAUGGCCCGUGCGUUGAAGUAUUUAAUGUGAAUGAUGAGUUUGAAAAGAAAAUUUGUGAGAAUGUGGACAUUUUGGCUGUUAUAUUUUGGAGUUUCAGUGUUGUUUCGUUUCACGGAUUCCGUCGAUCUUCCGAAAUUUGUGGGUGCUGGCUCAAAUGUUACUGUUGCAGUGGGCAGAGAUGCAUCAUUGACAUGUCAAGUCGAUAACCUACAAUCUUUCAAGGUCGCAUGGCUUCGCGUUGACACGCAAACUAUACUUACAAUAGCCGGACACGUGAUCACCAAGAACCACAGGAUCAGCGUCAGCCAUGGCGACGGCGCCUGGACAUUAGGCCUGAAAGAAAUCGGCCCAGCUGACGGCGGACGAUACAUGUGUCAAGUUAACACCGAACCAAUGAUGAGUCAGACUCACUUGCUACAAGUUGUCGUUCCACCAGAUAUUGACGAUGACGCAAGCAGUGGUGAGGUACUUGUAAAAGAAGGAGAAAAUGCGGCGUUACGCUGUAUCGCCACCGGGACCCCACUUCCCAGCAUCACAUGGAGAAGGGAAGACUCUAGACACUUCAAAAUAGAUAACCAAACAUUAGUCUCCAAAUGGAACAGUCCGUGGUUGAAUCUAACCGGAGUCGAGAGAGCAUCGUCUGGCGCAUAUCUGUGCAUCGCCACAAAUGGCGUGCCUCCUUCAGUAAGCAAGCGGAUUCUAAUCAACGUUAUGUUCGGGCCAUCAGUAUGGGCUGGUCGUGUAGCUGUAAGAGCACCAGCUGGAGGUGCUGUAACUCUUCAGUGUACAGCUGAAGCAUUUCCGCAUCCAGGUGUAUAUUGGACACUAAAUGGGGAACAACGACUUGUAAACGGUACAAAACAUAGAUUGAGUAUUAGUUCAAGAGGAUAUCGACAUACGGUGAAUUUAGUUGUGACUGACAUGUCUAUAGAAGAUGCUGGAGCUUACAGAUGUCACGUCGAAAACACGCUUGGGAAAGCCCAGGCGGAAUUGUUUUUACAUCUUCUAACAACAACAACCACGACAACCACUUCUACUACAACCACUACUACUACAACUACAACCACAACAUCAACUACGAGUCAACCGCCUACAACUACACCGGUCACAUAUGAUACAGAAAGGCAUCUAGAACAACUUCACCGCGGAGUCUUAGAAGAUCCUGCUCUUAACAAUCCGUACGUUGUUCUCAGCCAGCACCAAAUGCAGAAUCUCGAAAUGAUGACGACAAUGUGACCAGAGGCCGGGGUUCGUGGACCCUGGAGUGACGGUUGGCCUCCAAUGGAAGCUUCAGCACCGAGAAACUUUCAUGUCAGCAUUGGACUAUACGUAAUGUUUGUGAUAAUAGCGUGACGUUUAGAACUGUGAGAAUUAUAUGCUAUGAUGACAAUUGAACUUUGUAACUAAGAUUGUUGAAGCGGCUUCCUAAAUGAUACGUUUAAGGCUUCGUCAAACAGAACGCGUACUUAACGCGCGUCAGAACGUUAAACUGAUGGCGCGCUAUGACGCCGAGAUGUGUUGUACUAUUAUGGUAAUAAACUGUCAAACAGAG